GUUAAUGCAGCCCGGACACGGCGAGAUCCAUGGUGACCAGUCGUCGACGGGAUCCUUGCAACCCGAGGUCGUCCAGGAGGAAGUGCGUAAGGCGGUGCAGCUUGCAAUGCAGGGUCGCGACACAAAGGUGAAUGAGCUACAGAACGAGAACGCGGAGCUGAAGCAGCUCCUGAUGGUGAUGAUUGAUGCGGGACAAACCUUGGGGAAGCUGGGGGCCAGGGCACCCAUCUGCGAGGGGAUCUUCGCGCUGAAGAUGAAAGCGGAGGCGAGCGUCUCCGGGCUCCUCCUGGUCUUCCGGUACCCUCGCGGCGAGAACCUGGUGAUCAGGCGGGUCAACGAGAAGGGCAUGUUCCACGUUCCAGGGGCACAAGUCCGUCAGGUGUUAACCUCGAGUGUGGCAACGGUGAAGAUGUUGCAGGAGAACGUGGAGGACAAGAGUCCGAUGGCGUCAAUGGAUCUGCUGGCCCAGGGCAUCCAACAGUUGCAACAGUUGCAGCUCAAAAAGGACUUUCAGGAUCCCGAGCUUCUCAAGGGCAACAUCACGUUGCCCAUCCUCCCGGACCCCUACCAGGACUCCAGUGCGGUGAUGUUCUUGGAAUGGAUCUACGAGGCGGGCCAGUUGAUCGGAUCCAUCACGGACAAGGCGGUGGAUGGAGAAAAGUGGGUUCGCCUGGAAAGGCGAGUGAUGGCACUGCUCUUGGCCACAAUGAAUUCCUCGAUCAAGGCGGAGAUCACCAUGCUGCGGAUCGACAAGGUCAAGAGUUGCCUUUUCAAGCUCUUCACAAUCUACGCCCCUGGAGGCGCGAGUGAGAGGGCCAGCCUGAUCAAGCAGAUCGAGCACAUUCAGCCUCAGAACAACGUUGUGGAGAUGAUUGCCGCGCUCCACAAGUGGAAGAAGCUUAUUGGCCGAGCAGCUGAAAUGGGAGUCUCCUUGCCCGACGGAAGCGUGCUCCUUGUUACGCUAGAGGCGGCCAUCAAGAACCUCACGGAGAACAACAAGGACAUCAGCUUUAAGUUGAACAUGGCCAAGAGUGAGCUGGGGCUCCCCUACAAGCCGGCCCUGUCUGCAGUGCUCACGUAUGCGGACCACGUUAUCGCGGAGCUCCAGCAGGUUAUUCCCUUCGGCAACCAGAUCGCCAAGCUGAAGGGUGCUAACGUGGAUCCGAGGACGCCUUCGUCGUCCACCUCUCCGACUGGGAAGGGCCAGGGACAGAAGCUACAACCACCAUGCAAGUUUUGGUCCACUGACGAAGGGUGCCGCCGCGGCGCCAAUUGCAAGUUCACGCAUGCCUUUGCCAGCAAGGAGGACAAGAAGGCCAGAUGCUGGACGUGUGGGGCUACAACCCACAGGCAAGCAGAGUGCCCAACGAAGAGUGGGGGGAAGCGUGGGAGCAAGGGCUCGAGUGAGAAACGGUCCCAAGGUCCCUACGCCCUCUACUUCAGCUACGUCGACCCUGGAGCAUCCGUCCAGAGCAGCGAUCUCUACAGCGACUACAAUGCCGCCCUCCACCACGCUUGA